AUGUCGUCCACUUUCUUCCGCCGGCCCACUGAUGCGAGUUCGGGCUCAAGCUCAGCAGACAGUACGCUAGAGGAGGACAGCAAUUCCCAUCAACAGCUAGAAGAUGUUGUGGAAGAAGGAGGAGAGACAGCAAACACGGAGUCUCUUCCAAGCCAUGGAAGUGUGGCCGUGGGAGACAGGCAAAAUCCGGCGACUUCGGCCUUUGCCAACGUCGACCAUCACCGCACAAACCUGCUCAGCGCUCUCCUGGAGGAUUUUGCGAAGACCAAGGCUUGUGAGAUGAUGAACAGUGCAAGACCGGGGGCCAACUUUACCAGAUCAUCGGCAGAAAUCCAGCCUUUAGCAAGGAAGGUAUAUGAACACGUCAGCCAGUCGUUAGCCCUUGGUGGAUUGUUACCGGCUUCAAUUGCGAGCGAUAAUCAGGGUAGUCAGCAGACACGAGCAGCAUAUCUAGCCGGCUUGGAAGGUCUUGCGUUAAGCGGUAUGCAGACCACUGAUACACUUGCCACCCGAACGAAGCAUCAACUACCUUCACCUGACGAACUCCUAGCAGUUCCUCGUUCUACCUAUCAACAGCAGGGCAUCUUUAAUGAGUCUCUUCAACAGCAGAUGGCAAAUAUCUCUUUAUUUCAGAGUCCGGAUCAGUUCUCUUCUCCAUAUUCAGACUUGGCCUUCCCUCUUCCGCCGCCGCGUCAGAGCCAUUAUGAUUCAAGCUUCCAACAAAUCAGGUUACUGGGGAAAGGAGGAUUCGGCCGGGUAUACCACACAUAUAACAUCUUUGAUAAGAAAGAGUAUGCAGUCAAAAAGAUACCCUUGAGCCCUCGACACUCACAGCGAUAUAGAGAAUCUGGUCACAAAGAGUUGGAAAACCUAUUGCGGGAAGUUCAGGCGCUGGCACAGCUCGAACAUAACAAUGUCGUUCGGUAUCAUGCUACCUGGAUUGAGGAACCAAGAAGGAUGCCUGAAGGUCCCUACAGGUCCGGGACUCCCAGUCUCACCGUUCAGGGUAGAAGACUCAUCGCGGACCCAUCAGCCCCAACGAAACCGCGACCGAGACGACUAAUGUCUGAACAUGACGACGGGAUUGUUUUCGGCACCGACAGCACGUCGCAGGCCCAUGUUCCAGGGGCCGAUGAUGUCCUUGGACCAACAUGGUCCCUGAAGGAUAGCGAACUCGACAGCCCCUCCGCCCGAACUUCAGAUAUCUUCACGGAUGGUGUCUCUCGGCCAAGCAUCCAGGAGGCGAAUGUCGACGACUCAGUCUAUGUGCUGCAUGUCCAGAUGUCUGUAUACCCCAUGACAUUGGCACAAUAUCUGGCACCGCCAUCAUCCAACUCACGAGGCGCUCCUGGUAGUUUCCGUCCAAGACACUGCUUUCAUCUGGUACCUGCACUUCGCAUCUUGAUGGGAAUUCUAUGUGGCUUACAGUAUAUACAUGCCAAAGGACUGGUGCACCGGGAUAUCAAGCCCAGCAACAUCUUUCUAUCCGGCCUGGACGUUCCUACGGCCGGCUUGGUGCCUGACGGAUACCAUGAUGUGGGAUCAUGCGUUGCUUGUCCGAAUCCCUGUCCGUACUUUGUCAACCCGCGCAUUGGGGAUUUUGGACUUGUCGCAGACGUGGCCAGAGACGACGGACUUGAAGGCGAUAGCGGCGGCAGGAAGCAUGGCAAGCCGGUUGGCACGGAAUACUACAGACCUCCUGCCAGUGGGUGGGCUGACGUGGUCGAUGAGAAGCUUGAUGUUUUCGCACUUGGGGUCAUCCUGGUGGAAAUGCUGUGGUGCUGCCCGACCAAUUCGGAACGACUCCACAUUCUACGAGACAUACAGAAGGGCAAGGUGCCGGCAGGGCUUGCGCUGAAGAUUGGAAGUGAGAGAUAUGAAGACGGGACAGGAAGUCUAGUCGUCCAAGGCAUACUGGGCAUGAUUGAACAGGAUCGACGUCGCAGGUGGAGUUGUGCUGAGGUCUCGGAUUGGGCAGAGACGGUGUUGAAGAAAUGUGCGAGUUGCAACCAAGUCCUCCCCCCCACGAGUAGGGGGGAGACACUGACCAAGGUCACGACUUUGGAAGCUGAAACAAAGAGUACUAUGUCAAGCUGA